UUUCCUUUCACUACCAGCGAGAGGGGACACCGUGGAUGGUUCCUUUUCCACUGUUUUUACCCCAUUUCACUGGCGCUUUCUUGGCCAUUCCACUUUGUUAUAAUUCUUCAUCAUCCAUCUCCCUCGCCCCCUAUCGAUAGGGCAGUGACCACUCACUUAUCUCCACCCAAUCCACCGAUAACGCGAUAGCACCACUGCCCACGGGGUCUGGGGUCUGCAUCAAUGUCCCCCUUCACCUCCAUCGCCAGCUGGCUCUGCUGCAUUCCAAGCCAUAAGUCAGCCCCUUCGGCUCCUCGAGAUUCAUAUCCAGCCCACCAGCAGCCUGUCCACCCCACCAACACGCCCGACAAUGAAGGCUAUCUGCCCCCCACCCCACCUCUCCCCGCCUACACCCCCCAUCCACACACCCUCACCGAGAAGACCCUCGCCCUCCACCCACGACCGUCUUCAGCCUCCCUGAACGAGAAGUCCGCUGCAGCGACAACCUCGACCUCAGAACCAGCAUCCUCGGUUGCACUGGGGUCUGCAGUGCCACCGCCAGCAGCAACACCAUACGCACACCCAUACCCCACCGCGCCCCCAGCAGCGCCCACCCCACCACCAGCCCCUUCCUAUCCCCCAUACUACCACAACUCUACGAGCCGGCUCUUCGACCCGGACGACAGCAGCGACACCUCGUCGACGCUCUCCUUUCCCAGCACCAGCAGCUACGGGAACACCUCGACCGCGACGCGGGAGACGCCGCCGCCGCCAUAUUCGCCGCGGAGUCUGGCGACAGGGUCGCGGACGAUGUCGCCAGUUCCAUCACUGAUGUCGGAUUCGGGGCGGAGUAGUAGCAGUAGUAAUAGCAGUAGUAGUGGGGGGAGUGUUGUUGCGAGUGGGGUGGGGAGGAGCUCGGAGGAGAUGGUGCAGAUUGCGGCGCCGAGGCCGGUGGUGGUGUGGGAUGGGAGGACGACGGGGAGGGGUUGGGGAGAUCUCUAUGACUGAUGAGUGGGUAAUGUCGGUGUUGGGUGUUUCUUUUCGAUAUACUUGCAUGGGGGUAAGGUGUGCUUUGCGAGUAUAUAUACUAGUGUUGUUUCUAUAAGAUGAUGAGGUGAAGUCAUCUACUAAUAAUGGAGGUCAGUGACUUUU